AUGUCGUCGAAAAGUGUUUCAUUACAGAAUGGUCCUCUCUAUCGUAUUCCUCCGUACUACUACAUUCAUGUAUUAGAUCAAAAUACAAGUGUGACACGAUUGGAAAUCGGCCCGAAAAUAUUUUUCAAACAGGAUAAUGAAACACUUACUAUGGGGCCAGAAAAAAUGAUUACAAUACCACCGAGACAUUACUGUAUCAUAGAAAAUCCUGUUAUUAAAAAUCAAACGGGUCAAAUUGAAUUGGACAAAAACGGACAAGUGAAAUUGUCGCAUGGGGAUGUCGCCAUUCGAUUGCAUGAAGAUUAUCAGGAACCAUUUCCUUUGUAUCCUGGUGAAAUUUUAAAACAACCGGCGACUGAGUUGAAAUACGUAGCAGCGAACUCGGCAGUACGGUUGAAAGCAAUUCUCGACUUCGAUGACCAUGGCGAAGUACGGAAAGCUGGCGACGAAUGGUUAUUUGAAGGACCAGGUACCUAUAUACCACGGAAAGAAGUGACGAUUGAAGAACGCAUCGGCGCGACGAUUAUUGGUCCGAAUCAAGCCAUAAAACUGUGUGCAAAAAAAGAAUUGGUCGAUCGUCUUGGCCAACGACGCGUGACCGGUGAGAAUUGGUUAGUGAAGAAACCGGGUGCGUAUUUACCGCUGGCAUACGAAACAGUUGUCAACGUCGAAAAUGCUCAUGUGUUAACAAACAAAAAGGCUUUGCAUUUGCGUGCUCUGAAAACAUUUACAGAUGAUUUUAAUCAAACCCGAAAUAACGGCGAUGAAUGGCUGAUAACAUGUGAACAAACAGAAGCACACAUAUUAAAUGUUUACGAAGAACUAAUUAAAACUGUGGACAUCGUCGUCUUGAACUCGAGACAGUAUUGUGUUAUUUUAAAUCCAGUUGGAGCUGAUGGAAAGAAUCAGUUGGGAAAAAAGAAAUUAGUUGUCGGCGAAAAGUCGUUUUUUCUUCAACCGGAUGAACGACUGGAGAAAGGAAUUCAAGAUAUUUAUAUCUUGGAAGAAGACGAGGGUCUGAUUCUCAGAUGUACCGAGCCCUUUGAAGAUGGUAUUGACAAAGUAUCGCGAAUAGCAGGUGAUCGAUGGCUUCUUCGAGGACCGAGAGAAUACAUUCCUCCUACUCAAGUCGAAGUAUUACUACGAAGAAAAGCGAUCGCACUAGACGAGAAUGAAGGUAUCUAUGUGCGUGACACGAAAACAGGUCGUGCUCGAGCUGUCAUCGGCAAAACUUAUAUACUAACCGAACACGAAGAAUUAUGGGAAAAAGAGUUACCUGCAAGAAUCGAAUCUUUUCUGGAGAAAGAAUCAUUAAUGAAUCGAUAUCUCAGUUCAAAAGAUGCAGAUAAGAAAACAACAAAACGCGAUCGAUGGAAAGUAGUUACGUACUGUGUGCCGCAGAAUGACGUUGUGCAGAUUUAUGACUAUAAAAUUAAAGAAUCGAGAAUUGUUUUUGGACCGGAUUUAGUCAUGUUAGGUCCUGAUGAACAAUUCACCUAUCACGUUAUCGCGCUCAAUGAAGAUCAGCUCAAAUGCGUUCCCUAUUUAAAUGCAAUGGUGGAAAAUGCACAGCGAUUUUCUUGGCGUCGAAAUCAAGAUAAUGCAUUUAUUCUGGAUGAUUUAAUACAAUAUUCGUCGCUAAAACCUAUUUUAUCUGCUGUGCACAGUAGAAGUUCAUCGCAUCUCUUCACCAAGUUACCACGAUAUGUAGACGUCUUCGACGUCCUUCAAUUGUAUGAAUACAUGUCUUUUGAUCCCAUGCCAGUUCCUUCCUUGAGACCAACAUUAGGAAUGUAUAUAGAGGAUUUAGAGUUAUUUUCAAAAAGACGCCGAUACGUUAGUUCACCCGAAGUACAAAAUACAGCUGUAGAGUUUAUCGUCGCUAUUGCUAAUGGAAGAUAUGAAAUAGACAAUAUCAAAACGGUCAAAAUUAUUUUCGAUCUACUUGUGGAUAUUCUGCAUUUUGUAUCUGUAUUUGGUCCACGUUUACGUUAUCACACAUUGGUGAUAAUAGAGAACUGCUGCCCACAAAUCUUCACUCGCGAUCAACGUGCUAUGCUGCUUGCGUAUAGGCGAAGUUUAGAAGUAUUGGACGAUACGGACGAUUGUGUCAACGUUGGUUUAACAUAUGAAUACGUAUUUGAACGACAAUGCAACUAUGUUAUGAGUCUUGACAGAGGUUGGCUUUCGAAGCCUGUACUAACCAAUGUGUUCCCACUCUACACGCGUUUUUUGGGUCGUCAUUUUUUGAGACCGAAAGGGCGUCAGAAUAAGAACCACUGCUAUGCUAUUUACCAUUACCUUUCAUCAUGGUCUCCAUAUAUGCUUUCCACAUGCGAGCGAUGCAUAACACAAACUAUACUCCAAUUUCCCUCCAAGCUCAAGAAAGCACAACCGCUGCGUUCGUGUGGGAAUUUACACCUUUGGGCUAAAAUGGCAAUCAACGCCAAUUCUAUUGAAGAUUUGCCGAUCAUGGAAUUGCAUAUUUCUGGAUACUCACUUGAACUGAAGCAUUUGAGUUACAAAGUGAAAACCUGUUUGAUGGGAUGCUGCACCACUCUUCAAAAUGCGAAGAACAAACGCGAAAAACGAAUGACUUACUCUGGUCGCGCCUGUCAUCUACUCAAAGCACCAGCUGUUGAUAAGUUCAAGAAUAAAUACAAUGUCAAAUUACAAAAAUAUCGAUGA